CAUACAUACAGUGUGGAUAAGAAUUAAGUCAACAAAAGAUCCAUCGGAAACACUUCGAAGUGCUUGUUUCAUUUUUUUAUAACAUAUCUUACGCGUUUCAUUCUCGAAAUACAUGGUAUCGUAUCAAUAAGAAAGAAGAGCUACUAAAAAUUAAUAAUCAUGAUAUUCGUUCAUUCACGUAUCAUGGUAGACACUACGCAAGUCGAAGUACACGUUCGUAAUAUGUCGAUGCCCUCCACUCGUUCUUUCGUUAUUUAAACAUCGUUUACUUUCUCCGAGUGAUUAUUCUCGUGCUCGGCGAUUAAUAGAUAAAGCAGGAUUUCUAAUCGCAUUGUUUUUCGAGGUGUAUAGUGCGUCACUGUGCAGACGAUGCGCCCACUGUCAAUGGUUUGGCUCGACAGUGCUACGCACACGUAUAAAUCGACCAUAAAUGUGACGGUACCAACACCCAUACGAAAUCUCAUAUCAUAAGAAGCACGAGCACGCUGUCGUGUGGCACAGACUGUGCUUCGCAGUAGCUCAACAGCAUCGAGGAGUGAUAUUCUGACUUGACUGCUUUUUUUACUUCGUGUCCAGUCUUGUUAUUUUACGUGGCGGGUACCUACUACUCAAUAUUUCGGCAACAUGUGCGGAAUUUUCGCAUACCUGAAUUACCUGACGCCAAAAAGCAGGAAAGAAAUUUUGGAGCUACUGGUUGGCGGAUUGAAGAGAUUGGAGUACAGGGGCUAUGAUUCAGCUGGCGUCGCCCUUGACAGCGUCGACGGCAAGGAUAUCUGCAUUAUUAAAAAGCAAGGGAAGGUUAAGGCUCUUGAAGACGAGAUUUUUUAUCGUACCAAUAUUGAUUUCGAAUCGAAAACAUGCAGUCAUGUGGGAAUCGCACAUACCCGUUGGGCGACUCAUGGUGUCCCAUCAGAAGUGAAUUCGCACCCUCAGAGGUCAGACAGCGAUCAUGCUUUCGUAGUUGUGCACAAUGGUAUCGUAACCAACUACAAGGAAGUGAAGACGUUCUUAGAGCAGAGGGGUUACACCUUCGAGAGUGAAACCGAUACGGAAGUAAUCGCGAAGCUCAUUCACCAUUUCUGGGUACAGCAUCCUGGUUACUCGUUCCGUGAACUCGUCGAACAGGUUGUUCAACAAUUGGAAGGAGCAUUUGCUCUCUGCUUCAAAAGUAAGUACUUCCCAGGCGAAUGCGUGGCAACCAGAAGAGGAUCGCCCCUUUUAGUGGGUAUUAAAACGAAAACAUUGGCCACGGAUCAUGUGCCCAUCCUCUACGGGAAAGAUGACCUUCCAUGCGUAAACAAAGAAGGUGAAGCGCCAACUAAAGAUCACCGUCCACACGGCCGCCCUACGGAACUUCCGGUAAUACCACGCAGUGACAGCACGUCCGAGUUUCAACCCCUCGAGGACAAGGAAGUGGAGUAUUUCUUCGCUUCUGAUGCUAGUGCUGUCAUCGAACACACGAAGCGCGUUAUAUUUUUCGAGGACGAUGAUGUUGCUGCUGUUAAAGAGGGUGCUCUCAGUAUUCACCGACUUCGUCGAUGUAUGGAUGAUCCGCAUGCCAGAGAAAUCACCACUCUGAAGAUGGAGAUCCAACAAAUCAUGAAGGGCAACUACGAGUAUUUUAUGCAGAAGGAAAUUUUCGAGCAACCCGAGUCGGUGGUGACCACCAUGAGGGGACGAUUAAAUUUCCGAGAUAAUUCUGUUACAUUAGGAGGUAUUAAGGAUUACAUUCCUGAGAUUAAGAGAUGCAGGCGUCUAAUGCUCAUUGGAUGUGGAACAAGUUACCACUCCGCUAUAGCAACCAGACAACUCUUGGAAGAGCUGACUGAACUGCCAGUUAUGGUUGAGUUAGCCUCUGAUUUCUUAGACAGAAAUACACCAGUGUUCAGGGAUGAUGUAUGUUUCUUCAUCUCGCAGUCUGGAGAGACUGCAGAUACAUUGAUGGCUUUGCGUUACUGUAAAGGUCGUGGUGCUUUAAUCGUUGGAAUUACCAAUACUGUUGGUAGCAGCAUCUGUCGCGAGUCCCACUGUGGUGUCCAUAUUAAUGCUGGACCAGAGAUUGGUGUAGCCAGUACAAAGGCGUACACUUCUCAAUUUAUUUCUCUCGUUAUGUUCGCUCUGGUUAUGAGCGAGGAUAGAAUCUCUCUUGGUGCUAGGCGUCAGCAGAUCAUUGAAGGAUUGAAGAAUUUGGACAACUUAAUUCGUCAGGUUCUACAACUUGAUGAGAAAGUGAAAGAACUGGCCAAGUCUCUGUUUCAGCACAAAUCUCUGCUCAUUAUGGGUAGAGGAUACAAUUUUGCCACUUGUAUGGAAGGGGCAUUGAAAGUGAAAGAAUUGACUUAUAUGCACAGCGAGGGAAUCAUGGCAGGUGAAUUGAAACAUGGACCCCUAGCACUCGUUGAUGAUUCCAUGCCCGUGAUAAUGAUUGUUAUGAGGGACCCCGUUUACGUGAAAUGCAUGAACGCUCUGCAGCAAGUCACAGCCCGGGAUGGCAAACCGAUCGUCAUAUGCGAGGAAGGGGAUGAAGAAACAAAAAUGUUCGCGGACAGAGUUCUUGAAGUGCCUAAAACGGUCGAUUGCCUGCAAGGAAUUCUCACAGUCAUUCCAAUGCAAUUAUUAUCUUUCCAUAUCGCGGUUCUCCGCGGUUGCAACGUAGAUUGUCCCAGAAACCUGGCAAAGUCGGUUACCGUCGAGUAA